CGAGAUUGCCAAUAUGGCGGCCCCGAUUGGUAUCGUGGGCUGCUUCAGAUUUGCCUCAAAAUCGCGUCAGAUUUUUCUUUUCUCUCGGAAUUUUGCAUCAAAAAGGAGAAGAAGAGAGCCAAAAGCAAAUUUCAAGCGUUAUGAUAAUGUCUACGCAAUUAGUUAUCGAGAACCACCCAAACACAUAUUUACCGAAGCAAUGGGUGCACUACGAGCGUACAACAUUUCGUUGGAGGGAAUCACCGAUCAAAUUGUGGAGUUGUAUGUCAGGGUUAACAUGGGAGAAAAGAAGCUGCCGAGGCAGCGAAAAGAGCUGGUGGAAAUUUUGUUGGAGAAGAGGAGCUUAUUCAACAGGUUGCAGAUGGAAAGGUGACAGAUUUUGAUCAAUGUUUAUGCACGCUGGAAUUUUUGAACAAAAUGAAACCCUUGCAAAAAAUUCUGAAAGAAAAGAUGCCCACAACUCGAAGAGGCACUGCAUCAGAUGAUAUUGCGGCUGCGAUCGAUAAAUACAAAAAAGGACAUCCAUACAAAUGCGACAAAGAAGGAGUCGUUAAUAUUGGAGUAGGAAUGCUCAGUUUUACGGAUUCCGAAGUAAGGAUAAAUGCUUCAGCAGUACUAUCGACACUCGCCUCGCACAGAAUUGCUACCAAAGGUAAAUUCUUCAGAGAACUUGUUAUUUCAUACGAAAGAGGACCAAGCUACCCUCUGGACUUCAAUGAGUGGACCAGUUGAUGUAUUCAGUGAUUUUACUGAAAAUAUCACAAAACAGCUUUGUGAACAAGUUUGACAGAACUGAAAAAAGACAAUUCUUCAUUUCAUUGAAAAGGAAGUGAAUCGGAUUCGUCGAAUGGUUAUCGUGGCAGUGGUUACUUUGGUCGAAAAAGUUCGGCAUCUCCAGCAAGUUGUGUCUCUUGGGAACAUGUGACUUGAAAAAAAAAACUGCACUCGCUAUGAGUGUUUUUUUUUUCUUUUUUUUAUCAACUCUGAAGGAGUUAAAUAUUUUGUGGUGAGACAGUCGUUUAUUGAGAAACUUUGAACAACCUACCGAGAGAAAUCACAGGAACGCGAAACAAUUAGAUGUGUGUAUGUGGGUAACUUGUUCCAUUAAACACAAGGAUGCUUAGAAUGUUCUGUAGACCGAUCAAGAUGAGCUACAUGACGUCAAUAGCUUGUAAAAAGUAUUUUCGUUUGCAGAAUCGAAUAUUGGUGAAAUAUUUGAUUCAUAAAUUAAAAUAACUUUUCUGUAAAUGUCAUCUUUCCUUAUAGGGUGAUCUAUUCUUGUACGUUCGUUUUCUAUCGCACUGUGACCAAAUUAUAACAUGUUUUGGGUUCAUUUUCAAUGUUUUUUUUUUUGACCCAUUUGUUCACUUCCCGUACUUUUUUACACUUCCAGUCGUUGAAGGGAUUAAAAUGACGUAAUGAGUAACAGGUAUGGGCGAAAACUAUCGAUUUGUGAAAUAAUAAAAUUAACUUGUACAAGAGUGUCGAAUUAAAUAGGUGCAAUUAUACUGUCAGUCAUUUUAUUAUU